AUGGCUACUUGUGGCUCUGGUAAAUCCUACCGAGAGGGAUCCAGCAACACUCUGGGGGGCACCAUGCAACAGAGGAAGAGGCUCUCUUCCAUCUGCGACACCUGUAAAGGAAAGGUGCAGCUGGUGGCUGACCUCCUUCUGCUGUCCAGUGAGACCAGGCCUGUCUUGACAUCUGAAGGCGUUCCACUGGCUGACACCUUUGACCAGUGCAGGGACACAGUCAUCGCCAGGACCAAAGAGCUCUCUAUCCUGACGCAUGACAUUCAGAGCCAGCUCAACAUGGGGCGCUUCAUGGAGGUGGGGGACCGGCUCCUGGAGAUGGCUGACUUGGUGGUGUCUUUGACUGAGUGCUCAGCCCACGCAGCUUAUUUGGCUGCUGUGGAGAGCCCCAGCUCUCAGCCCUCUCUGCCAGGCUUGGUGGACCGCUACAAAGUGACCCGCUGCCGGCACGAAGUGGAACAGAGUUGCAACAUCCUCCGAGUUACACCCCUGUCAGAACUCACCCCCCAGCUCCUCCUCGAGCUAUCACAGAACAUCUCCACCAACCUCAAGACUCUUACAGACAUCUCGUCGCUGGCUAGCGAGAGGUCCAGAGACAGAUUUGCUAAGGAGCAGUUCAAACUGAGCGUUAAGAGCAUGAGCACAAGUGGCACAGCAUUACUUGCCUGUGUCAAAGAAGUAAAAACCCAGCCCAGUGAGCUGACUAGGAAUCGGUGCGUGCUGUUCAGUGCAGCACUAGUGACAGCGGUCAGUGCACUGGUGGGGUUUGCCACUGAGCCACAGUUCCUGGGAAAGGCUGCAACUGUGUCUGUGGAUGGGAAGGGGGUUCAAACUGCAGUUUUAGGGGGGGCCAUGAGUGUGGUGUCUGCAUGUGUCCUCCUCACUCAGGGCCUGAGAGACGUCGCCCAACACCCUGAGAGCAGCACCAAAAUGGCAGACUACAGGGAGCGGCUGCGGAACUCGGCAUGCGCUGUGUCGGAUGGCUGCACCCUGCUCACUCAGGCUCUCAGAGAGCGCUCUUCUCCAAGGACUUUGCCGCCCAUCAACUCUCAUUCUGUGAAUUAG